GAACAAAGCCGAGCUGCCUGUCACGCACAUGCAUAUAAUCAAUGUUUUCAGCCGAGUUAACAUAGAUAUACACCUAAAUGUUAUGUACACAAGUAGCAGGCUUGCUCGUCGAGAAAUUUCAAUGCCGGCAAUUUUCAAGCCAGGUACGAUUGUUAAUUGCCUACAUACCUAGGUAGUAUUUCUCCAUGUCCCACGACGUCACGCACCAAUUCAAUCCCUCCCAUCCCAUUACUGGUAGUUUGUCACGAUGAACUCCACCUCUCUUCCUCGCCAAUCGUUGCUCUUAGUCUUCCUCUUCCUCCUCACUCUCUCCGUUCCUUCCUAUGCGAUAAGUCUCCCUCGUCUCUCUUCUUCUUCAUCCCACAAUGGACGUUCUUAUUUCCACCGUCUACUCGACCUUCCCUUCGCAUGGGCCUCUAAAGGGUCUAGAGACAACCCAAAUCAAUGGCUCGACGCCCACCCAAACCUCCUCAAGGGUUUACGAAGAUAUGAAGAUGAGGUUGUGAUACGAUUCAACGUAUCAACAGAAGCGCAUGAAGCAGCAUUGAGGAAGGCUAUCGACCAGAUGUUACUUGACGUCUGGGAUUUCGCCGAUAAUUAUACUGACAUCCGCCUCGAAGCUCGUCGCAUUCGACCGUUGAUGGGCAUACUCCCUUCUUCGCUACAGGACAACCACUUCAUCCUGAUUCCCGAUCUAGCUCGUGCGGUCGCUGCUACUUAUCCCUCGAAUGGCCCCGCCCGCUCCAUUAUCCAGUCGCAUUCGAACGACCGAGGAAUCACCCCCGCGAAUGACAUACCCUCACCUGAGAAGCGGGGUGUUGACGAUAUAUUUUUUCACGACUACCAGCCGCUUUCUGUCAUUUACACGUGGAUGAAGCUGCUGGACUCUAUGUUUAGGGGUCGUGGGUUGGUUCGGAUGAUCAGCAUUGGAAAAUCGUACGAGGGGCGUGACAUCGCAGCGUUGAAGAUAGGCAUACCAACAAGCGAUACAUCCAAAAGAGGCCCAGGAGGUCCCAAGAAUACCAUUCUUAUCACUGGAGGAAUUCAUGCAAGAGAGUGGAUAUCUACGAGCACAGUAAAUUAUGUUGCUUGGUCCUUUAUCAGGACUAUCGACGAGGACCCGAUGAUAGUCAAGAUACUUGAACACCUUGACAUUGUUUUCAUUCCCGUCCUAAAUCCGGACGGGUACAAAUAUAGCUGGGAAGUUGACCGGUUAUGGCGCAAAAACAGGCAACGCACGAAGAUGCAGUAUUGCCCCGGAUUUGACUUGGACCACGCCUUUGGCUAUCAAUGGGACGCAACGGACCACCAGACCGAGCCAUGUUCGGAAAGUUACGGUGGUGACCAAGCGUUCCAAGCGAUUGAAGCUGCUCAACUUGCGGAUUGGGCCCGGAACGAGACGCAGAAUGGCGUUAACUUCGUUGCUUAUUUAGAUCUCCAUUCGUAUUCUCAGCAAAUCUUAUACCCAUAUGCAUACUCGUGCAUCGACCAUCCGCCUAAUAUUGAAAAUCUAAAAGAGGUGGCCAUGAAUCUAGCUAAGCAUAUGAGGCUGUCUAAUGGCGAAGUUUACACUACAGCGACAGCUUGCGAGGGUGCUGUAGCGAGUAAUAUGCAAGAAGGCCGCGUCCGAGACAAGGGAAGGGUUCGAGUCGAAGCCGGCGGGGGUUCAGCCAUUGACUAUAUAUUCCACGAGUUUGGGGCUCGAUAUAGCUACCAGAUCAAGCUUCGAGACACGGGGAGCUACGGCUUCUUGCUCCCAAGGGAAUAUAUUAUCCCGACAGGUGAAGAAUUAUACCAAGCAAUGAAGUAUUUCGGGGAUUAUCUACUUGGCAAUAACGGCCACGAAUCAUGGGAUCAUUCUGCCCCUAUUAAAGUUGACACUAAACAGACCGAUCUAACCCCUGAGGAAGACGGCGUCGUGGAACUUCGACGACGCCGUCGAAGGAAAUGCAUCGACUGCAUAUAAGAAAUUUAGUUUAUUUAUAUUUAGGAAAUCUAUUUUACAUCUAUUUAGCAUUGUAUUCGGCGUGACAUCACAUUAUUUUUCCUUGGUCUUUAAUAUUCUGUUUUCUUCUUACGAUCUCGCUCCCAGGGAGGCAUUGCACGUGCUAUUCAAAAGGCGCUCGCAGGACGCUAUCCGCAGUCGUGACGAAUUAACCCAUAGUUGGCCGGGUUACAAGAUACACGAAAGAGAUGGUGUGACAACAUUAUGUAAAGAUUAAUCAUAGUGAACAUGUCGCGUUUAC